UCCAGAGCAGAGGAGCAGUGUCCCAUUAGUUCAGACGACGGAAACACACCAAAAACACGUCGAAAACGCCCCUUUAACUUCUGUGAGUGCGGUUGCACCGCGCUGUUGAUAGUAGCACCACUACAGCUCCACUAAAAUUGGUUUUGGGAAAUAACCAUGGAAGCUAAAUUAAAGAAAGAGUUGGGGACAUCCAUGCUGAAGUCCACUGGUCACUCAGGAGGUGGAUGCAUCAACGAGGGCCAGAGUUAUGAUACUGACCAUGGGAGAGUGUUUGUGAAGAUAAAUCACAAGAGCGAGGCCAAAUUGAUGUUUGAUGGGGAGAUGGCCAGUUUGGAAGCCAUUUUACAGACAGAAACUGUUAAAGUCCCCAAGCCUGUGAAGGUGAUUGAGCUUGACACAGGAGGAUGUGUACUUGUGAUGGAACAUCUGGACAUGAGAGGUCUGAGCAAGUACUCGAAGCACCUCGGAGAGCAGCUGGCAGACAUGCAUCUUCACAACAAGAGACAGCUAGAAAAAUUAAAUAAAGAGCAGCAGACAGUGGGAAAAGGAGCUGGACAGUCAGAUGUGGCUGUUGUUGAGAAGUUUGGCUUCAGUGUAACUACAUGCUGUGGAUAUCUACCACAGAACAACGAGUGGCAGGAUGACUGGGUGACAUUCUUCUCACAGCAGAGACUGCAGCACCAGCUCAACAUGGUGGAGAAAUCCUAUGGAGACAGAGAGGCCAGAGAGUUAUGGGCCAAGCUACAGCUGAAAAUGCCUCAGUUCUUCAAAGAUAUAGAGGUUGUCCCUGCUCUCCUGCAUGGAGACUUAUGGGGAGGCAACGUGGCACAGUGUGCAGAUGUCCCAGUCAUCUUUGACCCAUCCUCUUUCUAUGGUCAUUCAGAAUACGAGCUGGGUAUUGCUGGAAUGUUUGGUGGCUUCAACAGUGCUUUUUACUCUGCUUACCAUGAAAAGAUUCCUAAAGCACCAGGCUUUGCACAGAGAAACCAGCUUUACCAGCUCUAUCACUAUCUGAAUCAUUGGAACCACUUUGGCGGUGGUUACAGGGGUUCGUCAGUAAGCAUUAUGAAGAGUCUACUGAAAUAACUGCACUCACAGUCACUUGUGGAAGCUUCAGAGUCUUAAACUUGAACCAAGUUUUAUGUAUAUAUUGACAGACUCUAAUUUGUCUUAAUAAUAGUGUGGCUAAUAUUUGAAUAGACAAAUCAUAACAUUCUAACAUUGUAAUGUCUUGCAUAUUGUGUAGACAAUACAGAAUUAACAGAACAAAGUAAUUCUGCCCUGUCUGCUCCACCUAAACCAACCUGGUUUCAAAAUGUGAUAAACAGAAUCCACAUCUCUCAGUAACUAUCGUAAAUUGUAUGUUUGCACAAGGUUAUAUUUAUCUAAGUAUUGUUAAAUUCAGUAUUUUCUAUGCUGACUUGCAGGUUGCCAAAAGUAAACCUUAACAUGCAAUACUGUUUGAAAAAGAGGCUUACCUUACACCAAAAAAACUGAGCUCUGGACCAACUUAGGAUUUGCUGUGCUAUGCUGUGAAACCUUUCUUAAUGUUUUAUUAUUUUUCAUUGCCUGCAUUCAACCAGCACCCGACUGAAUCGUACAGCUGUGCAAACAAUAUUUAAUUUUUCCUAGUGAAUGCAAUAUUUUAUUCUACAGAAUAACAGCCUGACUAUUGAUGUCCAGCAGACUGAAACACUGCAUACACUGACAAAAUGUGAAUCCUUGCAAUUUUUAAUACCUGCUGCUUAGCCAACAGUAAAGCCUAGGAUGAAGUGAAAUAUUUGUCCUGCAAUGCUGCAUUUGUAGCCUGGUAUGAGCACUGCACUGAAUGUGACUGUAAGACCUCCAUCAUCAUGAGGAACUCUCCACCCCUCUUACUGAUUGUUUGGCCUCCUGCAGUAGCCGCUUCUCCCAGGCUGUUGUGCACCUUGCAUCCCAGCACUCGUAUGCAACUUAGCAAAAUAAACAGACAGAUAUAAACC